AUGGCUGAUCUCGUCGACACAGUUGACGCCAUCCGAGUCUUUGUUGACGGCCUUUUCAACCUACCUAACAAUCCGCCAUCGUUGUAUAUCGAUAUUGAAGGAGUCAAUCUUUUACGACACAGCUCUAUAUCUAUCCUUCAGUUACUUGACCAAGCCUUCUCUACUGCCGGGGCUAGUGGCCAAACGUCGAGAGAUAUCCUCGAAUCUAGCAGCAUCCCUAAAGUCUUCUUCGACAUCACGACUCAGACGCCCUCAUUAGCCAUUUCAGCGUCCAUCCAUCUCGCCGGACUCCACGAUCUUCAACUCAUGGAACUAGCAACGCGGCACUUCUCCCGGAAACAACGUACGAAGUGUUUUAACCAACGACCUCUCCUACCAGCCAUUGUGCGCUAUUGCCAGCAGGACGUCCAAUUCAUGCCACAGCUGUGGCUGCACUACAAGGCGAAACUCUCUCCGGCUUGGGAACGGAAGGUAGAGAAGGCUACGAGGGACAGAGUGGCUUUAUCGCAGACGGAAACGUUUAUUGGGACGGGGAAACAUAUGGUCUUGCGACCAUGGUGAUAGGGUUUAGUAGUUUUGGUAGCUCUUCGUGCAAGAAUAUAGACG